CGUCAUUUGAAAAUCAAUACUUAAUAUCAUAAAACGAUCCUGGAAAUACGCACUCUUUAUUAAUCUGAAUUCAAACUAUAAUGUUUUAUUAAAUAGGAUAUACUUCUCUCUAUUUUUUCAUAUUUGGUAAACUAAACAAAUUCAAAAAUGGGUUUUGAAAUUAAAAAAUUGAGCUCGUUUCCGGUUUUUUCAUUAAUACUUAGAUUGUGCCUAUGUGAAAAAUUAGAAUUAUUUCAGACAGACGGACGGAUAUCGAAUGUGUCUGAAUCGCAUGGUGCUCUUUCGUUGUUGGAAUGUUCGGUUAUUUUUGAAAGAAGUACGAACAGUGUUUCUUUUAAUUACAACAAAGAAACAAAACAUUGCGAAUUGAGUACCAAUUUUCACGAGGGUUUUACAAUAGCUUCGACGGGUUGGAACGUGUACUCACGAAUUGUGAAUGGUGGCUGGAGUUCAUGGUUAAGCUGGGGCGAAUGCUCUGUGACUUGCAAAGAUGGAACAAGGUCAAGGACAAGAACAUGUUCUAACCCGUCGCCUAGCAAUGGAGGACAAACAUGCCAGGAUGUAGCAAUUGAAAACGAAGCUUGUAAUGAGAGAGCUUAUUGCUUUCUGGCAACUGACUACUUUCUUGGAUCAGACGUAGUUACACAUUCGCAAGCUGCGGCGAUAUGUGAUGGUAUGUCUGCAAGACUUGUAAUUCUGGAGAGUCAAGAGGAAAUAGAUUUUCUUGGAACCCUAGUAGAAGGAUUUAGCCACUGGAUUGGAAUGACUUGCACUCAGGGUGAGAACUGCAAAUGGAUUGACGGGACUAGCGUUGAUCUUGGUUUCACGGCAUGGGCGCCUAAUGAGCCACAGGGUAGGAAUUGUGUAUGGAUCGGUUACUAUGGAAACAAAUGGGAUGAUACUGUCUGCUAUGCAUUAAAUGAAUUUAUUUGCGAAUAUCUUUAAAGUGACAUUAUGCUCAUAUUUUCAUCGUCAAGUUGAGCUAAAUUAACUUUAUAUUUCAAAAGAUUGACUGUCAAAAUGGUGAUUGACCAACAGUUGAUAUUGGAAAAUGUUAUGGGUAAAAUUAUAAAUCUGUCUAAAAUUUAAAAAGACUGCCCCACUCUUUUUAUAAACAAAGCGUUAUAGGUAAAUUCUUAUGGAUAUUUACAGAAAUUUCGCGUGGAUCUGUGAGUUAUUCAAUGUUUAUGCGAACUUAAUUAUUAAAUUAAAAGGAAUUAUGGCAAAAUGAAACCAUAUUUUGACUUUCACCCGUUCACUCACUAUACACCCUUGGAUGGGCAUAAUGUCACUUUUAUAUUCAUUUAUAUAUCCUGAAAUCAAAUAAACAUGUUUUUAAUAUUUGUAUUUAUAUAAAUACAGGAUAGUUGUGUACACAGUUAUAAAACAAUAAACAAAUUUCACUUA